ACAAAGUAGUCCCGGUGUCGUUUAAAAACCGCCGGAGUUGAACCGACUUUCCAGGAGAUUUUUUCCUCCAAAACGCGGAUUUCGUCGAAAAAGGCUCAGCAGUGUCGUAAUGAACGACUUUUGAAGGAAAUGAGUCGGUGAGGGCGGAAGGGGUCAAGUUAAGGCGUCUGGUGGUGGGGUCGGCGGUCGCCUCGGGUGGCGGAUGAAUACACGAAUCUCCCUCCGGGACUAAAAUUAAUUUCCCGGCGGUUCAAUUCAGUCGGCAGUGAAACGGAGUGAACCACCACCCUCUCUCCGUCAACCGUGACCCGCUAGACUUACGAUUCUAAGUGAAUUACUUUUACUUUUUAUUAAUCGCCGCAACCCCGAAAGGAUAUCGCACAAAGGAAAUGGCUUCAGGAGUGACAGUAUCCGAUGCCUGCAAGACGACUUACGAAGAAAUUAAAAAGGACAAAAAACACCGUUAUGUAGUAUUCUAUAUCCGGGACGAGAAACAAAUAGACGUCGAAGUAGUUGGUGAUAGAAAUGCAGCUUAUGAUCAGUUCCUUGAAGACUUACAGCAGGGCGGUACUGGUGAGUGCCGCUACGGCCUCUUCGACUUUGAAUAUACACACCAAUGCCAAGGUACUUCUGAAGCCUCCAAGAAGCAGAAACUCUUCCUCAUGUCCUGGUGUCCCGACACCGCCAAAGUUAAGAAGAAGAUGUUGUACUCUUCCAGCUUUGAUGCUCUUAAGAAGUCAUUAGUAGGAGUACAGAAGUAUAUUCAGGCAACAGAUUUGUCUGAAGCGUCACAAGAAGCAGUAGAAGAGAAGCUGCGUGCAACGGACAGACAGUAAAAAACACCCGAGAAAACGACAUACACGCAAAUUAAAAAUAUAAAAAAAAAUAAUAAAAAGGAAAGCGCAGAGGAGUUGGACGUUAUUUACCUUCUACAUUUAAAAUUGAGACAUAAAAUUUAAAAACACUACAAGUAUAUUGAAAACACUACACUAUUAUAAAUGUAUAAAAAUUAAAAAAAAGUAUUUAAAACAAAAGGUUUAAAACUAAUAUAUACCCACACAAUAAUAAAACUGCUGUGAGAUUGUUUUAAGUCCGAGUCUGCGUACACUCUCUACUAGUCGGAGAAGGACGCGGUGUGGUUUUUGUUUUUAAAUUACGAUAUUUGUAAUUACGUUUUUAAAACGAGCCUGAAGAAAGAAUUUAUUAUUAAAUUAUUUAGAAAAAAGAAGAAAGAAAGAACAAAAAAUGGGAUUGAAAUCCCCUUGGCUGAUUUUUUUCAUUUUUUUUUUUCCAAUCGCCUCAACUCCUCGUUUGUGAACAAUCAACAUUUUUAAUAAUGAAAAAAUUUGCAAAUUGUAAAUUUUUGUAUGCGAUCGUAUGCUGUUGUCUAGUGGCGGAAUAUACAAUAUAUAAACAAAAUAUGGAGUCGUGUUUCAAGGCAUUUACCGUAUAAUUAUUAUUAUUAUUCAUUAUUAUAAAAAAAGAUAAUUAUUACGUUUUUUUAUGUUUUUGCUCAGUCUUGUGUACUUCCUGAAAUUGGUAUAUAUAGAAAUUUUGUACUUUAAAUCUUUGCGAAAUCUUUAUGUAGAUGUAUUACUCUUUUACAUAUUCAGGCUGAAAUAAUAAUUAUAUAUAAAAACUUUCAUUUCUAUAA